ACCCUAUUUAUCUACUGUCAGUGCGUAUCGAUUUACGUGACCGUAUUACAUUAUAUUUGCGUCUAUACACUUAUUACCGUAUUUAGGAUCUUGUUUAAAUGUUCGACAAGUGCGGCAGUUCCACGCAUGCGUAACGCCAACUUCCUGUUUCAACAAAACACCGAUGUCUUGGAUCUGUGUGGACUGGGUCUCUGCAUUGGUUUUGAUAUUAUUGUAAAAAUAGACACGAUCAUCUGUCGGAUAUGAAAAUGGUUAGAGAUACAAUAAUACAUUGCUGAGUUCGCUGACGCCAUUUUCUGGCGUUUGGUCCUCUCUGUUUACUCCUGCAUUUGAGAUUCUGAUGUAGCUAGCGACUGUAACUAGUUGUAAAUUAUUUCACUACCAUGUCGGCCAAAGUUAGGGCGGGGGACAGCAACGACAACGGAGAAAUCAUUAGAAACUACCAUAAACGAGCAUUUGAAUACAUAUCCGUGGCACUAAAGAUCGAUGAAGAUGACAAAGGUGUCAAGGAGGAGGCAGUACAGUGGUAUCAGAAAGGCAUUGCAGAGCUUCAAAGGGGUAUUGCUAUUGAAGUCACAGGACAAGGAGAACAUUGUGAUCGUUCGAAGAGGCUUCAAACUAAGAUGAUCAACAAUCUCACCAUGGCAAAGGACCGACUCGCUCUUUUAGAAGGUACAUCAGCGUCUAAAACGAGCCACAGCCCUCAGAGUCCACCAGGCCAUCUCCCUACCCCUCCAGUGAGGCCUACUGGUCCAAAGAUCAAGCCAGGACCAGGUCACAGUAAGCCAGCAAGCACUGGCCCAAGCAGGACCAACAAUAUCAAGGUUGUCCCUCGGGCUGCAGGGAGAGGACAGAAUGGUAGACCAGCAGCAUUGAAGGAACCACAGAAGAGGGAUAUGAAGAACUUCAAGAAUGUGGACAGCAAGUUGGCCAGCUUCAUACUGAAUGAAAUCGUAGACGGUGGGUCGUCAGUGAGCUUUGAAGACAUAGCGGGUCAGGAGCUGGCUAAACAAGCUCUUCAGGAGAUAGUUAUCCUGCCUGCACUCAGACCUGAGCUGUUCACUGGUCUCAGAUCCCCGGCACGAGGUCUGCUCCUCUUCGGUCCCCCAGGCAACGGAAAGACCAUGCUGGCCAAAGCCGUAGCCAUGGAGUCCCAUGCCACCUUCUUUAACAUCAGUGCUUCCAGUCUGACCUCUAAAUGGGUGGGAGAGGGAGAGAAGCUGGUCAGAGCUCUGUUUGCUGUGGCCAGAGAACUACAGCCUGCCAUCAUCUUCAUUGAUGAGAUCGACAGCCUGCUCUGUGAGAGACGGGAAGGAGAACACGAUGCCAGUCGGCGUUUAAAAACAGAGUUUCUCAUACAGUUUGACGGGGUGCAGUCGGAAGGGGCAGAGAGGGUUCUGGUGAUGGGAGCUACAAACAGACCACAGGAGCUGGACGAAGCUGUGCUCAGGCGAUUUGCCAAAAGGGUGCAUGUGGCCUUACCAACAGAGGAGACGCGUUUCAAGUUGCUGAAAAAUCUAUUGGGAAAACAUGGACACCCACUCAAUCAGAAGGAAUUAGCCCAUCUAGCAAAAAUGACGGGGGGCUAUUCAGGAAGUGAUCUUACAUCGUUGGCUAAGGAUGCUGCUCUUGGACCAAUCAGGGAACUGGGACCAGAGCAAGUGAAAAACAUGGCUGCUAGUGAUAUGCGUAACAUCCGCUGUAAGGACUUUGAGGAUUCUCUGAAGCGUAUUAAGCCCAGUGUCAGUCCCACAACCCUGGACCUAUAUGUACGAUGGAACACCGACUACGGAGACACUACAGCCUUCUAGAACCAUGGAACUAACUCAUUUCCCAGCUAGCACAUAACGUUCUGAGAACCAUAUGGAGCGUGGUUGUUGUUCUAUGUUUAUUUUGCCAUAAAACCUUUUCACAACUUUCUGGGAAUGGUACAGGGAGUCGCUUGGCUUUGGAACAUUCUCAGCACAUUUUAAGGAACUUGACAAAACAUUUUUUUUUUUGCGGUAUUUCAUUGCUUUAACCAGAAUGUUUCCUAAACGUUCAAACACGGUUACGUUCUGGGAACGUUCUCCAGCUGGUUUGACGCUGGGAAUGUUCUCAAAUUGUUCAGAGAAUGCUAAGAAACAACGUUCUUCUGUGGGGAUUUCAGUACUUUCAGAACAUAACGUUCCCUUUCAGAUUGCCUCAUGGUUCUAUUUAAAGAAUACAAAUAAUAAUCUGAGAGCAUUUAAAACGUUCCAUAAAAACCACAAGACAACUUUUAACGUUCAUAGAACAUUCUAAGAAUCUUAUUUAAAAACAUAUACCGUUUUCAGCGUCAACAAAACGUUCUCUCUAUCCUCUAAUCUUGUUAAUUAAGUGUGUUCAGGUAUGUUGGCCGUAACCCACUAAUUAGCCAUAGCUGAUCUUAAUGAGUCCUUGUUUCCUUCUGAAAUGGUGGUCUGUUUUUAAAAUAGACUAAAAAAUGAACAGCUUCGUAUGAGUUUAAAAAACCACGGCAUUCUAUCUCCAUCCUGGUGGUGCAGUGGACUCAUUUCAUGUGGAUAGGAUGCACUAAUUAAAAAAACCCCGGGAAGUAUAGACUUUACCAUUGAAUGCUUCUUUACGAGUCCUUUCCCAACAAUGCAGUUUAAAAGUUAUACAACUAACAAAUAGAAGAAA